AAAAAUAAUCACUCGUGAGAUGUCAUCGAGCAGUGAUGUACGCCGCUUUUAAAACCAUAAUACAAUUUAAAGUCGUAAACAUUGGUGACUAAAAAAUAACCUAAAUUAUUUGUGUUGUUGUAAUACAGUGAUAUAAGAGUACAUUACAUAAUUCUAUUGAUUGUUUUGUGAGAAAUUGUGCGCGUGCUGUGUAAUUGUUUUAAAUAAUGACUGUUUUCUGAAAAAUCGAUUGAGAAAAAUGUCUUUAAAGAAAGAAUCUCGUACAGAUGUGCAGUUCCAUCUAGCGGCGUUACGCGGAGACUGCGACCGGCUGCGACAGCUCCUGGACACUGGGAAGGUUCACAUCGAUUCGAGAGAUCGGGAUGGCACUACACCGCUGAUUCUGUCUGCCGCGAUGGGUCAUACGGAGUGUGUGAGAGAACUACUCGCGCAAGGGGCAGACCCGGCCUGCAGUAGAACGACAGGAACGAGCGCGUUAUUCUUCGCGGCCCAGAACGGGUUUCUCGACAUAGCGAGGUUGCUGCUCGACGCGGGCGCCGGCAUCGACGCUCCGAGCACGGAUGGCGGGACCCCGUUGUUCGUGGCGUGCCAAUGUGGGCAUCUACCUGUCGUCGAAGAGCUGAUCGCAAGAGGAGCGAAUGUCAAUUCUGCCAUGAAGGACAAAGCCACCCCCCUCUUCAUAGCAGCACAGAACGGCCACGAAGACGUCUGUCGAACAUUACUCACAGCUGGCGCUAGAGUGGACUCCGCACGCGCCGACCGCGCAACUCCAUUGUGGAUAGCGGCGCAGUGCGGACACGACCAUGUCGCGAGGACAUUGCUGGCUGCCGGAGCGAGGGUCGACCAGAUACGACAGGAUGGAGCCACACCGUUGUUUAAGGCGGCGCACAAGGGGCACGCUGCCGUCGUCGUCGAGCUGCUGAAGUAUAGGCCCAACCUCGGCCUGUUGCCAAACGGUCAGUCCGCGCUGCACGGCGCCGCCAUGUUCGGGCAGCUCUCCUGCGUCAGACUCCUCGCGCGCCGCGCCGACCCGCGCCUGCGCAACGCGGCCGGGCUCACCCCACUACACGCGGCCGUAGCGGCGAGGAAGAACGAUGUAGCCGCGUAUUUGAAGAGGCUGGAGGGCUCGUAGCGGUCGAGUUAAAAUGAUAAUGUAACGUCUUGUCAGGAAGACGAAAGUGGAGGACCCGCGCGAGAUCGCCUUUUAAUCAGGGGUCGGAAACCGGUAUUUGCUCCAUACAAAAAUACCGGUAUUAUUACGUUCUUUUGUUUAUAAUUUCAUUUUUAAUGGGACGUUUUAAUAAUGCAAAAUUGUUUCCUAAAUACACGAUUCAGUCCUACGUAAUGAGCAUAAAAAAAAUCAAAAUAUUGGGCUAUUUCGGGGUUUUUAAAAAAUACCGGUUCCGAGCCCUGCUUUUAAUACAGACGUAGUCCUCAUUUUCCACUCUGGAUAUUAACAUUAUUGAAAAUAUUUUGACACUUGUGUGUUGUGUACCUACAUGCCGAAACAUGUAAGUACACUUGGCAGCUUGGUACAUAAUUAUGUACACGAUUUUUGUUUUUCUGUGUGCUUAUGGCCCAUUAUUAUAUGUAUUUUUAAAAACUAGUUGACAAAAUUCCUGAUAAGACUCGUUACACGUAGGUACAGUCGCCAUCAGAUAUAUCGGAGCGGCCAAGGUGCUCAAAAAUAUCUGAACACGCACUAUAACGCUUUCACAAUAGAGGCGUGUUCAGAUAUUUGUGAGCGCUUUGGCCGCUCCGAUAUAUCUGAUGGCGACUGUACUGAGAGAAAAAGUUGAAUUAAAACGAAAGGAUCUGUUAUAUAAAUCUC